AUAUACUUAAAAAGAAAGACAUUCAUGAGGGAUUCUACAGGACUGGGAGCAGGACAGAUACUUCAGGACUGACACUACAGGACUGAUACUACAGGACUGUAGUAGUAUCUGUGUCAGCAGCAUCCACACCUGGUUGUAUGUUGGUGAAGUGGAGCUGCUUCCACUGAGCCCCUCCUUCUUUUCCCCAGUCAGGCUGUGUGCAGGAAAACGCGGAGCUACAGACACAGAUCACUCUACAGAUUUUACAUUAUUAUCCGCUUUUUAUAUCAGUUACAGAAAAAAUGAAAAGGAGGAGACCUGACGAGGAAUUGUUUGAUUGUGGGGCAACCUCUGCAGCACUCUCUAAAGUUGAGGUUCGAAGGAUGGUCUCCCAUGAGGUGCGUGCAGCUGUUGAAAGGUCUGACACGAUGAUGAAAGCUCUGAUGGAGAGAAUUCAGGAGAUAGACAGUGAACCUAAAUAUGAUGCAAGGCUCAAAAAACUGGGGGCACAUGUUAAAAAGAUCAAGCGAAGAGGGGAUGCAGCUUUUGCGUUUAUAAGAAAAGAGUUGCACCAGAAAAAGCAGCAGCAGCCAACAAACUCUCUUCCAUGUAUAUCCGACACAAGAAGAUUCAGUUCUGCCAAUGGAGGAUGUUCUGAUGACAGCACGUCGGCAUCAGCAGCCAUAGAGAUCAACGAUGAGGGAGAAGGAGCCGCAAGAAAACCUAAAGAAGGCUUCUGGCAGAGACUGCGAUCCAAGCAAGAGAUUGUGGACCUGACGGAUGAAGGCGAAGAUGCAGUGAGCAUAAAAAACGUCGGAAACCACAGUGAUACCCCUCCACCUCCAGUGCUGAAACGAGAGGAAAUCACUGCAAAUGGCCCCAAUACGGCACCGGUUAGGAGACUUGCUUACGAAGCGGAUUUCAAACUCAAGGCUAUCCGUCACGCAGUAGAGCACGGGAAUAGAGCGGCUGCGAGAGAAUUCAACGUUAAUGAGUCGAUGGUGCGGAAGUGGAGGAAGCAAGAAUAUGACCUGCUCCAAGUAAAGAAGACCAGACAGAGCUUCCGAGGGAAAAAGGCGAGAUGGCCAGAGUUGGAGGACCGAGUCGAACAGUGGGUUAUUGAACAGAGAACAGUAGGUAGAAGCGUCUCUACAGUCUCUAUCCGACUCAAGGCAGCGGCGGUAGCACGAGACAUGAACAUCGACGACUUCCGAGGAGCUCCUUCUUGGUGCUUCCGCUUUAUGAAAAGGCGCAAUAUCUCCAUCCACCCGAGAAAUACCGCCUCGCAGAAACUGACUAAGGAUUAUGAAGAAACAUUGGCUUUUUUCCGCAACUACUGCAAAAACAAGAUCACUGAAAAGAAGAUCCGGCCAGAGCACAUCACCAACAUGGACGAGGUCCCCCUCAGCUUUGACAUCCCCGUGAACUGUACUGUCGAGGCAACAGGGACCAAUUCAGUGUCUAUACACGCCACAGAAUACGAGAAGUCCUCCUUCACUGUAGUUCUCAGUUGCCAGGCUAAUGGUCAGAAGCUACCACCCAUGGUCAUUUUUAAGAGCAAGACUUUGCCAAAAGAGACGUUUCCAUCCGGCGUCAUCGUCAAGGCUAACCCAAAGGGCUGGAUGGACGAGGAGAUGAUGAGUGAGUGGCUGAGAGAAGUUUACGCCAACAGAUCGAAUGGCUUUUUCCAUCAAUCUCCGUCCUUAUUAAUCUGCGAUUCCAUGCACGCCCAUCUCAACGAUACUGUCAAAACCCAAGUACAGCAAACCAAUUCAGAGCUAGCCAUCAUUCCAAGUGGAUUCACCAAAGAACUCCAGCCACUAGAUAUCGGUGUGAACAGGUCGUUUAAAGUUAAACUGCGAGCUGUGUGGGAGCGCUGGAUGACCGAAGGCGAACGCUCAUUCGUCAAGACAGGGAAGCAACGCCUAGCGAGUUACGGCACUAUCUGCCAAUGGAUCGUGGAUGCCUGGGCUAAGGUGUCAGUCUCGAGCGUCGUCCGAGCUUUCACCAUGUCCGGAAUCAUCACUGAACAGCUAAAUUACAGCAACGAGACUGACUCUGAUAAUGACGAGAGGGAGCCGGGCGUGCUUAAUGCUGAAAUCGCCCACCUGUUAAACUCGGACACUGAAGAUGAAGGAUUUGAUGGAUUUGUGGAAGAGGAAUUAACUGAAAAAAACCGUCAAAACCUUCAUAUCCGGUUCUAGAGGAAAGCAAGAAACCGCCUGUGGAAGAAACUCGGGGUAGCCUGCAGUUCAGACUUCCUCGGUUGCCGGACUUGCCGUUCCCCAGUCAGCUGCCUGCAGCCGCUGCCACCAAAAACCUGCCCCAGAAGCCCGUGGUGAAAGUGGCUCGCAUCGAAAACCCCAAAGGCAUCGCCCU